AUGCCGUGGUCUUCCAUGCAGGAAGCAUUGCAGGCCUUCAGGCGAGGUGAGUUUGUGAUGGUCAUGGACAGCGAUGAUCGCGAGGAUGAAUGUGACCUCGUUUUUCCUGCAGAGAUGGUCACCGCCUCGCAAAUGGCGUUUGCAAUCCGCCAUACAACUGGCAUUGUGUGUAUAGUUGCAGACAAGGCGAGAUUAGAGCAUUUCGGGCUUCACCCCGCCACACAGAGAAACACGGAUGCCAACGCCACAAACUUCUAUGUUUCCACGGACUUCUUGCCCGCGACUUCGACGGGUGUGUCUGCGUCAGACCGCGCUGUUACUGCUCGAGCGAUGUGCGACAUAAACAAUCGAGCAGAGGACUUCUCCAAGCCAGGCCACCUCUUCCCUCUUUGUGCCCGGCCUGGCGGGGUGCUCGAACGUCCAGGACACACGGAGUCUACCUUUGACUUCUGCCGCCUCGCUGGCCUGACGCCCGUGGGCCUCCUUGCAGAGCUGAUGCACGAUGAUGGCACCAUGUAUCGUCGGGAUGACAGCCUGGCCUUUGCUAGCGCGAACAACAUUCCCAUUGUGACUGUGGAGCAAAUCAUCGAAUUCCGACAGAAGCACGGGACAAGAGCCCCUGCAUCUCUGUUCGGCGAGAAGGCAGGAUUGGCUGCAACCGGCAGUGCAAGCUCGAGUGUCGUGGCAUCUACGUGCGAUGCGAGGUGCGACGUGGCUCUGAAGGCAAAGCUUUAA